GUCUGUUGCAGAUAUAUAGGCAAUGGCCAUGUAAGUGGGAUGUCGGCGUGGCACAGAACGGCAGCGGCCCGCGCCUCCUAGUAGCGAGAGGAAAGUGUCUGCCUGCCUGUUCCGUGCAAAUACUACUGGACGGAAGUGGCAGGGUGUGGGGUAGUCGCGGCUUCAAUUUUCGUCCGUCAGUGAAGAAAGGCGCGACGGACUUUUUGGUGGUCUGCGUUAUCUAAGGAGGAGCGCUGCCGCUGGGCAGUGCUUUCAUCUGGCUGGCUCUAACGUCGACGGGGACGUGGUGUUCGUGCGCAAUUGACGUCACUAACGCCGUCCACGCCGUCGUGCUUCGUCACCGAACGUGUUCUGAGUUCAGCUAUGGCGAUGGCUACGAAGGGUGCGGCUGCGGCCGUUGUCGGUUCUGUUGCGACGGCCAGCUGUCGAAUGCAGCUUGGUGGUUGGUCUUCGAACGGCAUGGGCUCUCGCCCCAGCGCCACGCUGUGUGUGCCCUCGCGGCUGCGGACAGAGGUUCUCUUGAGGGGACUAAUGGCAACGGAUGUGGCUGCGCACGACUUCAGAAGCAAGGCGGGAAGGCGCAUUCACAGGUGCGGGUCCAUCAACUUAGUCCGUGCGGAAGCUGUUUCCGCGUCGACGGUGGUGCCCGCCGGCGCUGGUGCGCAGCAUGCGGCGGCUUUGAGGAAGUCGCGCGGUGCGCCCGUGGAUCUUGGGAAGACUCAUUCCAUGUCUCUUGAGCAGCUCGAGAUUGUGAAGUCCAUGGACUCGUGGGCUGGUGAAACCUUGCUGCCAUUGUUGAAGCCGAUAGAGAGGAGCUGGCAGCCAUCGGAUUAUCUGCCCGAUUCCAGUUCUGAGAGCUUUUACGAGGAUGUGAGGGAGCUGAGGAAAAGAGCUUUGGAGAUUCCCGAUGACUAUUUCGUUGUGUUGGUGGGCGAUAUGAUCACCGAAGAGGCUCUGCCUACUUACCAGACUAUGCUCAAUACUCUUGACGGGACAAGGGACGAGACGGGUGCUAGCCCGACUCCCUGGGGGAAAUGGACCCGAACAUGGACCGCGGAAGAGAACCGGCAUGGGGACGCCCUUAAUCGCUACCUCUAUCUGUCUGGGAGAGUCAAUAUGAGGGCCGUCGAGAAGACGAUCCAGUACCUCAUUGGCUCUGGGAUGGACCCGAAGACGGAGAACAACCCUUACCUGGGUUUCGUGUACACGUCGUUCCAGGAGCGUGCGACAUUCAUAUCACAUGGCAACACUGCGCGCCAUGCCAAGGAGUACGGGGACAUGAAGCUAGCUAAUCUGUGUGGGACAAUUGCCGCCGACGAACGCCGUCACGAGAUUGCGUAUACGCUAAUUGUGGAGAAGUUGUUUGAGCUGGACCCGAACGGUACCAUGCUUGCCUUCUACGACAUGAUGAAGAAAGGAAUCACUAUGCCCGCCCAUCUUAUGUACGAUGGUGAAAGCCAGACGCUAUUCGACGAUUUCUCCGCCGUAGCUCAGCGUCUGGGCGUUUACACUGCUGCGGAUUAUGCCAGCAUUCUGCAGCACUUGGUUAAGCGUUGGAAGGUGGAGAACAUCCCUGGUCUUUCUGGUGAGGCGGCCAAGGCUCAGGACUUCGUGUGCAAACUUCCUUCUCGCAUCGUUAGGCUGGCAGAACGAGCGGAGUCCAAGCGUGCCAAGGAUGAACUCAAAACUGCCCGCUUUAGCUGGGUGCACAACCGAGAGGUGUUACUGAAUUAGACAGCCAUCGAUUCGGUGGGCUAGCUGUUCAACAACAUACCAUAGGGACCAAUGGUGUGCUCCUACUGGGGGGCGAGUGGCAGUUGGUAAGUGUGAGGUCGGAGCGUUUGAAGUAGCCGUUGACAAUGUACGUUCUUUAGCUUGGUGCAGAACUAAGCAGGGUUGCUGAGCUAGUUUGCCGACGGCUGCGUAAAGAAGUCAGAAGGCCUCCUUAUUUAGCUUGGUCCAAAACGACGAAGUGUGGCUGAGCUAGUUGGCCGGUGAUCAACUGAGAAGCUUUGCAGAGCUACUGAGCCGGUGGUCGUGCACUUUAUGUCAGGAUCCACUGGGGGGGGGGGGGGGGGGGAGGGAGACUGGUAGUGUGAGUCCAGUUUAAGUAAUAACCAUUGGUGUUCGUAGUUCCAACAUUUGACCGUAUGCUGGACAGUCUUGUGAUGCCAUGUCGUAUGUCAUGUGUCACUCCACUGUUUAUGCUUGUUGGAAGGGGGAGACGUCGUCUGGUGGUUUUCACUCGUGUCGAUGUAAGUUGUAUAAUUCGUCGUGUCAGGUGUUAUGCCGGAAGAGGCAGUGAGGGGAAAUUCUUCCUCUGAAUGCUCGGAGUGAUAAAAUCACUUGUCUAAAUGCUCGGGUGUCAUGCCGUAUGUCAUGCAUCCCUAGUUGUGUGUGCUGUCGUGUAGAGGACAUAGUGAGGGGGAAGACCGAGACACCUUUGGAGCUCGAUGGUGGGUAAGAUAGAGACUGAUAGAGACCGGAACUUGGGGGUGUCACCUCAUUUGGAAGUGGUUCUGCAAAGUGGCAGCGUAAGUAUGAUGGUGUUUAUGUUCUUCAGCGGGAAGGUAGACAGGUCCCUGUAUGUAGUCUUUGCUUGGUUGACAUGUCCGUGUAUGUAGUCUUUGCUUGUAAUUUAAGGACUUGGAGUGGGAGGAUGUACAGUCGGUAGUAGGUUGUGUGUGUGCUGGUUGAGUCUUUAGGCUGUGAGUAUGUCUGACCUUUCUGCCUUGCUUCUCACAUGUGCGGCCUUGGGUUUUAGUUGAGGGUAUAUCAAAUUGGUCUAAUUGACGGUAGUUACUCCUUUUGAGUUCUGUCUGAUCUGCAGUUGAGAGAACGGGUUUCCGGAAGUACACCCCAUCGUCAGCCAUCGCUUGUACAUUGUGUCAUUACGUCGCUUUCGGUAAGCAAGUGUUUGGGUGGGUGCACGGUUGCAAUUGGAACAGUAGAUGGAGUGGUGCAACUGUAGGGUUUCCUACAGGUGGGGUGCCAUGCUCAAUUGCAGGUUUCUGCAAGCACUUUUGGAGUAUGUUUUUUUGUCGGUAGUGUCUAGGCUCUUUGAAAUUCAGUCCCCCCCCCACCACCACCACCUUUCUCGCAUUUUAUGUUGCAAGUAGGGCAACACAUGUUGGUCGUUAGUGACGUAUGCUAGCUGCCUCCCGGCAUAGGUGAUGAUAGAAGUAAGUGGACUUCCUGGAGCGUUAAUAGAUUGGGAUGGGCAGAGGUCUAUAUAUUUGCAGGAAGCUUUUUGAGAAGGGUAGCCUCCGAGGACUACCGGCUGUCUCUGGAAGAAGCUUUGAGAAGGGAGGGUAGCCAGAUGGGAGUGCUAGUUGUCUCUGGAAGAGCUUUUAUGAAAGGGUGCACUAGUUGCAGCAAAGCUUUGAGAAGCAAAAGGGUAGCCUGCUUGUGAAGGAUGGGUAGCUGGCUGGAUGGAGAUUACUGGUUGUCUCUGGAAGAGCUUUCAUGAAGAGACUCAGAUGAGUGUAAUUGAUUGAUCGAUUCUUUAUUAGAGCUCCCCCAGAAGAGGCUUAAAUGAGUGCAAUGGAUGGGAGUCGUUAGACCCUUAUGAGAAAAAUGAGUGUUACAAGACGUGAGAAAAAUGAGUGUUACAAGACGUCCGCCAAGAGGGUGUCGUCUGGUUUUGAUCAGUGGAAUCUGUUUUGUGUCGUGUAUUGUGUGAAGGGACUGUUUGUGGUGAAAAUUUUGGUGAGCUAAACAAUGAUG